AUGCUCUUCAAGCAGCAACUCUGUAACUCUGCUUGUGCAGCAUUUUUUCUGCCUCUUCUCUCUGCUGGGACCAAUUCACAUGCCAAUAUUGGUUGGACCGGACAAGCAUGGAUAGGGACAAAUCAGAGCCGUGGGACCGAGCCCAACACUGGACAAAUCAGAAGCGUCAAAUCUUUUCAUCAACUCCCGCGACGCAGCUGA